GGGUAGCGGAAGACGUGGGUCAUGGGAUGACUUACAAGAUAUUGACGGAGUCAGGCAAGGUCAUAUGCAGGGCGGUGGCCAGGACGGCAAGGAAGGGAGCUGAACUCAGCAACUGGAAGGCCGAUGGACUAGCCCCGAAACUGGCCCCCAAGCCAAAGCCAAUCUCAGGACAGAAGGCCUCCACAAGCGAAGCUGACCUUGUAGUCGGGGCCGCUCCGGAGACUGAAGUGAUUGAGAAAGGCAUCGAGAUAGAGGAGACGGAGGAGAAUGGGGAGUUUCACAACUCCAUACGCAAGGAUAUCCUAUCCAACCUUGAACACAAGGAUGUCCUAGACGGUGGCAACCUGCCAGUCAUUGACAUCACCAACCUUCUUAACAGGACCUUUAUCACCCACCCCAACGAGGAAGGCGAGCAGCAUAGAGCCAAGAUUGUGUCUGCCGAGGCCACAGGAGAAACCAACGCAGACGGAUCAGCAGCUGUAUACAGGUUCAAGUGCAAACAUGGGGACGAAUACUUUGAGGAAGUUUUGGCAUACUCAAAGAUGCUGGAAUGGUGUGAAAGGGACCUGGACAAAGAUGACAUGUACCGGAUCGAGGCUGUCAUCUGA